AACCUCUUCGAGUUCCAGAUCGACGACGAAGAAGACAAAGAUGCAGCAGAGAAGACCAGCAUCAGGGAGGCCUACUGGAACGGACGGCUCAGAUUUCAACUAUCGCAUGGUUGUUGACUCUCGGUAUCAGAAGGUAGCUAAAGGGAAAUCUAGUCUCUACGCUCUUAUUUUUACCCAGGCCGUCAUUCAAUUGGUAGGAGUCCUACACACUUUUCUAUUGACAUCAGAUGAGGACGGUCCAGAUGUGAUUGCUAUCUCAUCUGUUGCUAUUGGUUCUGUUUCUUUGAUAAUUGGGGAGUUGGGUCGAAAGCGCAGCCGAGUGUCUUUGUUGAAAGUGUACAUGGUUGCAUCAUCUGUUGGAAUACUUCUCUCCAUUGCUUGUGUUGCUGAGGGAAGUUUAACACUAGCGGUUUUGCAAAAUUCAAGUAACUGGAAAACAAAGAAAUUUGAACUUGUUGAGGCCACUCGCACUGUCAUUGCAUUCCUGGUUCAAAUAUUUGCAAUCAGCACAACGACUUCUCUCAUCGGUAACAUGUCUCCUCCAAAAAGAGCCUCGUAGCUGCUUCCUAUAGCCACAAUCAUUCCAGUGAUCUACAAGAAUUUUUAUUGUUCAGUUUCUUUCGGGGUUCAAAUUUUGUAAUUCGAGGAAAUUAUGUAGAAACAAAAACAGUGAUCGUAGGGAAUGUUAUUUGAUCCAUCAAUAGAAAUUGGGUGACAUUUAAUCUCGGCA